AUGGGGGUUCACUUCUACGACAGAAGCCCCAGUGGUCCUGAUGAGCAGUAUGCCAGGCUAGGCCCACCUCGAUCCCUCUUGAAGGCUGGCAUACCCUGCGUCGUUUGGGCAGAAGACGCGCUCUCUAUCAUUCAUCGCGUGCCCACAGUGCUUUUUGAUCAACAGCUGUUGGUGCCCGACAAUUAUGUGAAAGUUGCAGCUCAGGUUAUAUGCUCUGACCUUCCUUACUCUAUCAGAAGCACGGACAACGAUGAACGGUGGAAGGAUUUCUCUAGGUUCAAUAAGGAUCGCCCCCACGCCUUCGAUUUGAACACAUCUACAAUCUUCUUACAACAUGACGACCCAGCCUUGGCCCAUGAAACUAACAAACCUGUGCGCAUCUUCGUACACGCUGCCUCCGUAUUUCAUUUUGAUGUCCAAGAUCCUUCUCGCUCCUGUAUGAACCCGUCUCCACCAUCCGAAGAUUCUAGUUCCAUUCGCUUCCCUACACUCCCAGCAUUUUACGACGCCAUUGUCGACACAAAGCAUGACCCUCCCCUCCCCUUCAUUCAUCAGAAAUUUGAAGCGUCUUUGGCGUCCUUUCAAUCUUAUCUCACCAUGUACACGCUUUCCGACAAAGGAAUAACAUCUGUUAAGAAUCCGGCAGGUGAUGGACGGGUCCUCAUCCCCGCCUGCUUGGAGUUAUUGCAGAAAAUCAAAGACGAGAAUCGGCCAUUUCUGAUUCGUCAUUUUUUGUCUCUAAAGCCCCUGGAAUGUCACGAGUCUGAAAUGGAGCGGAUGGUGAUCAAGGAGGAACGUUUCCUGCGAAUUGACAUCCCAUAUCAACGACCGAGCCACCCCUUGCCUUAUCAUCCAUUCUAUCGUUCUCGAGGUUGGGAUCUUCCCGCUCAGGAACCUCGACUUACCCCUUACUUGAUUCGGAAUCCUAGCAGGAAGCUGGAUCUGGACUGGCGCCCGCUGGCGAAGUAUGCAUCGAUGGCACGUAAGAUGAUGAGCCGGUAGUUUCCUGUGUAAAAGGUCAUUCUCGACGCUCGCAGAGAUAUUCAUAUAAAGCACUAACCCAUCCGAAGGGGUAUAAGCUGAGGCGCGUCGUCAAAAAC